GGCAAUUGUAAAAAAAAUUAAAAUUUGAUUUGUGCAACAAAAAAGAAACGCUACAAGCAGGUCCGAGCAGCCACCAGCGUGCAAAAACACUUAAGUGAUGGCGGUGCAUGUGCAUGCCGAGCUCAAAGAUUUGCAAAUUUUUGAGCUUCGUCCGCUGAUUACGAACUUCAGCUGUAAGCUAUCCGCCGUCACCGUCACACCUUUCGAUGAAAAGCAAUUCCUGUGCCUGGUCAGCGAGGAAAAUGAGAUUGUGCUGCGCUACAUCAGCGCUGGCGGCGGCCAGGAGGUGCUCAAGAUGAUCACCUGGUUCCGGCGCACCAAUCGUGUCAUUCACGACGUCUGCUUCGAUCCUGCUGGCAUUUGGCUGCUAGUCCUCUGUUUCGACAACACACUGCAUAUUGUGCCCGCUCUGGCGCUGGUCGACAAAACCUACAGUUUGGCCGCCUGUUCGCUGUACAGCACCACACAGGUGACAUCCUACAUAAUACCGUUUGUGGGUCCACACGAAUGCCCCAAUUCAAAGAAAUGUCCCAAUCAUUCGACGGCACGCAACGAAAGAGCAUACGAACAGCAAGAACAUGUCGAACAAUUGGCGGAACAACUGCAGCAUGUUAAGCUUGACAAGGCGGAGGCUGACAAUUUGGAGGAGGAGCCGUUGGGUCAGGAGGUGCCCGAGCAUAUGUUGGCCAAUGGUCCAUCGGUCGAAGCAGUUGGCGAGCAGUCCGCUCCACAGCCAGCAGCUCCCUUCGAUGCGACGGGCAACAGUCAAGUGAUGGCUGCCUCAUUUAUGGCCUCCAAGACGUGUCCGUAUCCGCUGUCUGUGGUUUGGUGGAAGACGUAUAAUGGCUUAAAUCGUGCCAUCAUCGGCUACUCAGAUGGCUCCAUAUGCUUUGUGGGUCUCAGUCCCAACUGCCCAAUGAUCGCCAGCACUUCCAUUCAGAAUGGUUCCGUGGUGCGAUUGACAAUCUGCAAGGAUAAUACCUUCGAUGGAGUCAUGUUGCUGAUUACAUCGUCGCUAAAGGAACAAUACAAGUUAUUGCUGGAGCAGAAGGCCAUCAUGUAUGUGUAUCCUGGCGAUAGCUCACCCACCACACGCGAAGGCGCCUGGCAAAUUGUCAUGUCCGUGCACUCAAAGCAUCAGACCGUAGCAGGGAACGAUGCACGGCAAAGCAAUAGCUCUGAUCCGGCCUCGGACAGUAGUCAGCUGGAGGAGGAUGUUUUUGCGCCACCAGCCAGUGAUGAAAUUGCGCCAAGCACACAAACCGUUUCACUUGCCACGACUGUGUCGGCAGCAGCCUCGGAACCACCGCCACGUGCGCCGACACCCAGUGAUGCCAACAAUGCGCCAAUGCCGCCAUCGCCGCCAUCCUACAGCGAAAGCACCGGAGUCCGUUUUCAGCAGCAGCAGCUGGCCGUCAAUAGCUUCGAUGGCAUCUUGCCGGCGACACGUGCACGCCUCGCUUCGCUCAAAAGCCUCGGCUCCAAGAAGCUGCAGGCCAUCAAAAUGCGUUUGUCGGAUCAGCGGCAAAAGAUUGAUGAAUUUAUGCCUGAGACAAAUAUGGGCACGUUUGCUAUAAUGGACUCGCCGUCGGUCACGCCAGAGCCGUUGGGCAAUACAAACGGAUCAUUUUAUACCAUACAGAACCUGCGUAGCACUUAUCUGCUGAGCGCAUUGCACAGCAACAGUUGCAGCCUGACGGUGCACAGCAUCGAUAUUAAUUUGAAGCCCUUGUUUUUGUACAAAAUACCCAGUCAUUGUGUGGAAAUACUCAUUAGCUCCAACAUUCUGUAUGGAAUACAAUAUGUGGAUCUAAAUAGUCGCAGCGAUUCAGCCAGUUCGACAGCGGUAUCAUCGCUGGAGGAGCCGCUAGUGGCGAACACUGAGAAAGAGAGCUUAGAUGCAGACACUGAGAAGUUGGAGCAGACGGAGGCGGGCAAUACUAGCCACAAGAGUGAUGAGACGAGUGCAACGACCACAAGCGCAUCGAGUAUCGAUCAAAGCGAAAUGCCCACCAAUGCCAUCAAUGCGGUAAGCGUCAUCAGCAGCGCCAUGGCCUCAUUGCGUACCGAUGAUGAUCGCUUCAAUCAUCAGGCACAGUUAGCGUUAUUUCGCUUCGAGCAGGAGACUGUCCUUCAUUUGCAUCAGAUGGCACAAGUGCGCUGUUUCGGCGGCAACAGCAAUAUCGAAACACUCACCAAGGAGGAAAAGGCAAAGGCAUUCGAGAUCAAGGACAUACACACACCGAUGGACUACGUGCAGUUCUAUGAGACAACCGAUAUAAGUAAUGAGUUUUCGUUACGCCAAAUGGAGAUUAUGCAGGCAGAGUUUCCCAAAAUCAACUAUGAUCCAUGCUAUGUCAUAACCAACAAAAAUGUCUACACCAUACAGCUGAAAAAAGAACCAUUUGAGCUGUUUUUGGACGCAGCGCUGAUAAGCGAAUGGAAUCAGUGUCGGGAGUUUUGCAACACGUUCGAUCUCUCCUAUGAGCACUGCAUUGAGUUUGCCGGAGAUUAUUUGUUGCGUCGCAAGAAGAUUACUCAGGCGUUGAUCACAUACAAUGCGGCACGAGUGAAGCCAAUACGAACUGCUCUCAAGCUGGCCAUGUAUGGACACACCUAUGCCCUGAUGCAGUUGAGUGCUAUGGCUCUGAAAUCAUCAUACUUGCUGCGAUCGCGCUAUUUGUGUCAUCCUCUGCUGAAGAGCAUCCAAUCGGAUAUAACCUAUCGCCAUUCGGAGGAUGUGCGCGACAUUUUGCCAAUGAAUGUAAAAGAUUUGGAUGUUGUGGUUAAUAGUGGAGUCUCAUGCAGCGACUAUCACUACGGUGUCGACGAAUCAAUUAGUGCACUGCAAAUGUCACCCUCAUCACAGUUUCAUUUGGCCAAUUUGCUGUUAAUAACGCUGGCCGAGAAGGCUGUCAACGAUAAAAAUUAUUUGCCAUUGUGGAACUUUUUGGUGACCAAUACCAAAUACCAUACCAAUAUGACGAGCAUUGUCCUCUGUCAGAGUGGACUCUUUUCGGCAGCUAUCAUAUUGGCGAAAGUGCGUGGUGUUUGUCUGGACACCUUUAAUGCAUUGGUCAGCGUUGUUGCCCAGGAAUUUGGCUGGUACAAUGAGCUCAAUGUCUGUUUGUACAAUCUUAGCGAAUGCAUAUUUAUGGAGACCAUCACAUAUUUGCCUCUUGUGUCAAUGGACUAUUUUACGUUCAUACAGGAAAAGCUGGAGCAUAUCAGGCCCUGUGUGCUGCAGCGUCUUUCAAUGCAGCUUAAUCCGUUUGCACCUGCACUUCGUCCAAUUAUUUCGCACAGCAGCGGCAGCUCAAUCAAUGAUGACAAUAAUGAACAUAUAUUUGAGUUCUGCAAGUGCCUAAUCGAAACCUAUUUGGCCGUGCUUAUACAUAUGGAGUCUCAGCGCGUCAAGCACGAUUCCAUUGUAAAUGCUUUGUCAAAUUUUCGCAUCAACUACGAGGACAAUCAGUUUGCCAUUGAAUCAUCACGCUUCAAGCCAAUCUCAGCUGGUUGCGCUUAUUGCGCCUGUGUGGUAGAUGGUGUCGCAUAUUUCUGGGGUUCCAGCGGCGUGCCCUGCUGCUUUAGUGCCCAGAAAUCAACAGAACCACCGGAGCCCGCACAUGCUGUGAAAUCAUUGGACCUGCUUGCACAACUUAAUUUGGUAGUGCACGCGCUCAAGUGCGGACGUCAGCAUACUCUCAUCCUGACAAAUAAUGGCCUGUAUGCGAUGGGGAACAACAGUCUUUGUCAGCUGGGAGUUGGAAAACACAUGCAAAUGGCUUUACAACCCAUGCUCGUGACGGCUUUGGAUGGCAUGAAUAUAACAAUGCUGGAGGCGGGUCAAUAUCACAAUGCAGCCGUUGCAGACGGCAAGCUCUAUAUGUGGGGUUGGGGCAUCUAUGGUCAGUUGGGCAAUGGUAACUGCGAGAACCUUGCAACACCAACACUAGUCAGUUUCUUUAAGUACAAGAAAAUUUUACAAAUAUCGCUUGGUCAUGCGCACAGUUUGGUGCUUUGUCAGGCAACAUGCAGCAGCAACAACUACGCAGAGGCUAAUCGCAGUUGCAACGAGCUUUAUGUGUUCGGCUCCAAUCAUUUUGGCCAGCUGGGCAUUGGUGAGCCGGAUCAGGCACAGACAGAGGGAAAGUCGAGUCUGCCGCUGCGCCUGGAUUUUGGUGACUGCAGUUUAAGACUGAUACACACGAAAUUUUUUACAAAUCUAGUUGUAGAUGAGGAGGAGCGCAUGUACACUUGGGGCAGCUCACCACAAGCACUGCGUCUGGCCAAUCAAAUUAAGCGACGUGCCAACGCCAAGCAAAAGCUGGAGGAAAAUCAUCAGCGUGAAAUGCUGACCAGGCGGCUGGAGGAAACACUGCUGCCAGCGACCAGUAAUAACAGCGUGUUGGUGGAGCCAACUACUUCGUAUGCCGCGGUUGUUGCUGGCGCUGUACCCAAACCCACUGCAGACACAACCAAAGAGUCCACACAAGAUGAAGCUGUGCAAUCGGAUGCUACCGAAAAUAUUACGAGUAUGAACACAGAAUCACUGCCGACAGCACCAGCAGCAGCAGCAGCAGCGGCAGCAUCAGUCUCAGCUGCACAGCUCUCCAGCGAGCCAGAUCCGACCGAACAUAUGCAGCCACAUCUAGUAGACACAAGCGAGGUGGCUGGACAAAUACUCCAGAUCUCCAGCGGACUGUUUCAUUUCGCAUUGAUAUCGUCGACGUGCACAUUGUAUACUUGGGGCAAGAAUCUUGAGCAUCAACUGGGCACCGAAGAUAAGGAUCGGCGUGCCGUGCUCAAGCCAUCACCCAUCGACAGCAUCGAGAGACCCAUGUAUGUGGAUUGCGGCGCUGAUUUCACACUUGUAAUGACCACCGAUCACAUUGUCAAGGCCUUUGGUGGCAACUCGAACGGACAGUGUGGACGCGAUUUGGGCGCCAGCCUGGAUCGUAUGCGGCAGCGCGUCGUAUGUCUGCCCACCACCAAACGGCUAAUGCGUUUCGAGACACAGUGUGUUGAGGCGCCUGUGGAGAUCAAUUUACCACGACCACGCAUUCGAUUUGAUCAGGAGCCAGUGCGCUACUUGAAGGUAAUGCCGCCUUAUCAGCCGCACUUCUUGCAGCAGGCGAAUAUUAGCUUUGAGCAUCGCUACUCGCCGGCAACGCUCAACUAUAAAUCAAGCACAGAGCAGGCGGCCACUGGCCAAGAUUCGGAUGAUAUGCUGAGCAGCCUGGAGAACCUAAGCCACAACGAUGCUAGCUACUCAUUCAAUGCACCACAAUUGGGCGAUGCAAACAGCUCGCUGGAUCUGGACUAUUCGCCGGAGGAGCAGAGCUAUGUGCCGUUGCCAAAUCAGGCUGUGACGGCUGGCACGAGCCAUGCCGUCGCUCUGCUCGGCGAUGAAGACGAUGCCAGCACCUGUACGCCCAGCUCGGACGGCGCCGAUGGGAAUGCUGCAUUGCAGCCGUUGCGCCAUUAUAUACAUUACUGCCUAUACGCCUUCCAUGGGCUGUACAAUCCGGAUAAAAUCGGCGAAUGCUCUCGUGCGCAGCGUAACGAGUAUCGGAUUAGGAUUUGUAUGCUCAACUUCAGGUUCGUGGAGGCAUUCCAGCUGUGCCUGCACAGCUGCGAUACUGCGCAACGCACCCUCAAGCUAUUCGAGUACUUCAGCAAGGACACGGGCUAUGUGCCCCUGCAUCGCUCAGAUCUCAAGCAUCUUAUCUAUCACAUGUGUGUGCACUUUUUGGAGCGCAAAUUCGAUAUGCUCGAAUGCGAGCGUUACUUUAUGGCCGAUCUGGAUUACUAUCUGCUGGAGCUAGCAUAUGUAUUUUACUUUAACAACAACAAUUCGGCUCUUGAACAGAAUCUCAAUCAGAAGUUCAAGAUGCUGAUUGCAGCGGCGGAUAGCGAUCAGUCGUCGGCGAGUGCGCUGCAGGACACCGAUGCCAUUUUCGAUAGUUUCACGGUCAAGUUCAAGACGAUCCUGUGCCAGCGACUGCUCAGCUACUGUGAUCACGAUGCCAAUGCCAGCAAUUAGCAAUGGGCCCAUCGGCCAUGGUGUUGGUCAAAGGACUUAUGGUUCUUGCUUUGAAUUUUCUUAGUUAUUUUUUCAUUCAACUCGCUUAAGUUGAAAGUUGAUUGUGUUUUUUCCCCUCUUUUUUUGGUUGUAAUUUAAAGUUUUUACGAUUUGUUGUGAGUUCGAGCAGGAAACCAAAGAUCAUUAAUGGCGUUGUUUGCUGUAUCCACUACAUCAUCACACACACACACACACACAUACACCACACACACACACACAAGUAAAUAUUACAUAUUAUUGUCUAUUAACCGCCCAGACGUGUUUAUACUUAAUUACAUAAUUGUUGUUUGCGGUUUUCUGCGCAUAUUUAUAUGAAUAGCUUUUAUAGCGAUGUUAUUUAAGGAAACUAUUUAAGGCAAACAAAUUGUUUAAAGAAUUUAAUUUUUGUAGUACUUUGUUUGCUGUUGGCUUUACACGCUUUUUUGUUUACUCAAUAAAAAUAUAAUAAAAAUGUUUAUCGAACACACAUACAAAAAUACCAACACAAACACCCUCCCACAAGGGAUGCUCACAGAUCAUUUCGAUCUAAGCGGGUUCACCUUACAACCUAAUGCCAAUCCGAAUCCUAAUCCUUAAUCAUAAUCCGAUGUGUGUAGGCAAACAUUUUCAAUUGAUAUUCA